AUGAAGACUCGAGACCAGUCUCAGAAUGCUGGUACUGUACCUCCCUCAUCAGACAUCCAUCCUUUCCUGAAGGGCAAUUUUGCACCCGUCGAGACUGAAUUUAUCUCCUUUCCCUGUAAGGUCCAAGGCGUCAUCCCUCCCGAAUUCAUCGGAGGACAAUAUAUUCGCAAUGGAGGCAAUCCGAUACACCCUCCAGAGAAGGGACGGCAUUAUCACUGGUUCGACGGAGAUGGCAUGCUCCAUGGCGUUUACUUUACCCCUGAAGGUGUCCCGCUUUACACGAAUCGCCACUUGGCAACCUCGUUGCUGAAGAUGACGUUGCUACUCUUGCGAUCACCUAUACCUUCGAUCGCCCUUCUCAUCUCGCCGCUAUCCUCACUCCAUCGAAUUGUCGCAGCCAUCUUACAGUCCUUCUUUCUGGCACUCAGAGCCAGGCUAGGAGUGCUCAGCGUGGCGAACACUAGCGUGUUUUGGUGGGGAACAACGUCUGCCGAGUCAGAUCAUCGGCUGCUAGCAACCUGCGAAUCAGGACCGCCGCUAGAAGUGCGAGUUCCAGAGCUGGAGACGGUGGGCUGGGAUCGACUCUUGGAUAGGUCUGGAGAGAGUCUUAAAUCGUGGCGUGGUCCAUGGUGGAAAAGGUUCGCUUUGAGUCGCAUACAAGAGGAUUGGAUGACAGCUCAUCCUCGUGUGGACCCAGUGGACGGAACGUUGUUAUUUUACUCGACGCAAAUGUUUGAGGCCCCGCAUGCUAGAUACUCCGUCAUCGACUCCUCGGGUCAGCAUCUUGUUUGGAAGCAGGGAGUAGAUAUUGGUCGGGCGAAAAUGAUGCAUGAUUUUGCGGCGACUCGGACGCAUACGAUCCUCCUCAACCUCCCGCUCACUCUCGCUCCUACCAAUCUGCUCUCCCUUCUGCCAUUGAUUCAUUUUGAUCGGUCUCUCCCAUCUGAAUUCGUCAUCUUUCCACGGCUUCUACGAUCCGCGGCGACACCGCAGGAGCCCAUCCGCUUUACCGAGAGCGAACCUUGUCUCAUUUUUCACACUGCGAAUGCCUGGGACGAGCCUACAGCAGAUGGUGUGGCAAUCAACAUGCUGGCUUGUCGAUUCAAAAGCGCCAAGUUGGUAUACGCAGCUGGCGCCAUUGAUAUUCCCGCCGCUGAAAGGGGUCAAGAUGUCGUGCAGCUGCACUAUUAUCAAUUUGGGAUCCCUCAAGCCUACCUGAACAAGGAAUCGGUUGACAGUGGACGUAUCAGUCACUCGUUUUCCCUCAUGGCUAUACCUUUCGAAUUUCCCACCAUGCCCACCCAUCUGUCCAUGUCUGCCAGCCGAUAUGUAUAUGGCUGCACCAUGCAGUCGGGAUCAUUCGAUGAGCGACUCGGUGGCGCAGCUAAAGUGGACUGCUUGGUCAAGGUCAACGUGGAGGACCUGAUACGACGUGGGAAGAUUUCCGGCGACUCUCCCGCUGAUUCCCGGACCACGCUGGAGAUCUUGCAACAGUGGAAACAAGGCAUCAGAGGGCCAAUCGAGGUCUUUGCUUUGCCCGAGGGCUUAUAUGCUCAAGAAUGCCAAUUUGUCCCUAGAACAGAUGCCAAGACAGAGGAUGAUGGCUACUUGGUCACUUACAUAGUCUACGAUGAAAGUAAUCUCGGUCAAGAUGGAACGCCGUUGCCAGAUGAAGGAUCCGAACUGUGGAUCAUAGACGCCAAGAACAUGGCAGAAGGUCUGGAGUCUGUGGUGUGCCGUAUUGAGCUUCCACAACGGGUCCCUUAUGGCCUGCAUGGAACUUGGAUACCCGCCUCCAAAUUACAACGACAACGGUCUCAUCCACCUAUCGAACAACCUCUCCUUCAGGCAAAGUUAGAACGAUCUCGCUUGCAACACUUUGUCUCCAUCCUAUUUGAUCGCCCACCAGAUCGCCAACGUUCGGCUUUUGAACGCUUGGUAUUGAAUGUGAUGUGGCCCAUGUCGGUAGUGAUGCUGCUGUUGGCAUUGUAUGAAGCUGCCAGAAUGUUCAAGCCGAUCAGACCUGCGACGUCGUCCCUCUCCUGGCCUCAAAUGAUAAGUCUCCCCAUCGCCUUUGUAGCUGUAGUCGUAUUUAGAUCAACUAGAUGA